AUGCCUAGCCCCGCCUCGCCCACCGUGCCCGCCCCCUUUGCGAGCGGGCUGCCGAUGCCGAGCGUCACGCAAUCGAGGUCCUACUCUUCACCACCCUCGCUACUGCGUCCUCUUCCUCUCCCUCUCCCCCUCCUCCGCGUGGCGCAGCCGAGGUCCUACUCUUGGCGACUGCCACUGUGA